AUCUUGCAGUGGAAUACUUAAUUUAGAAGACGUUGAUAUUUCUUCAAGUCAGCAAAUAGACAUUGAGCGUUUAAGUUCAGAUAUGGUUAACAUUCAAAAGCGUUUAGAAGACACUGAACAGAAGAUGCAGACGAACAACAAUAGCAUUGAGGAGCAAAGAAGUGAGGUCAUUUCACAGGUAGAGGCAAUUGAACAGGACUUGGUAGAACAUAUUCAAAAGUUGAAGCAUGAAGCAUUGGAAGCUCUGGAGACAGAAUAUACUUUGGUUAAAGAUGAUAUUGAGACAAAUAUCUCUCAAAUAAGUAAAGUUAAACAAGAAAUUGAGAAAACAAGUAGCCAGCUACAGACAUCCCAUAAUCUUAAUAUGAGAGAACAAUUUGUUCAGACAAAACUGAUGCAACAGACUGUAAACGAUGCAAUGAAAGUGUUUGAACAAAUCGAGGAUAAAGGUCGUGUGUGCUUACGUUUUACAGAUAAUUCAGAAUUAAAGUCUUCAAUUAACACAUCAACAUGUCUAGGAAGUGUACAGAGAGUAACAGAAACGAACAGUCUUAGAAUUUUACGGCAUGAAAUUGAUUCAUUUUUCCGUAUCAGCUAAUACAAUAUGAUAAAAAAAUUGUUUACAUCAAUUUAUUAUAAAUCUAAGAAAUAUAUCAGUCCGGUGGCUUAAUACAUCAAUAUACAAUGUAUAAAGACACAAGUCAUGUAGAUAAUCUAACAUAAAUGUAAUAGAGAAAAUGAUUACGCGACAUUCAAUUGUUUUUGUUUUAACGACUUAGGAAUAUGAUAGUGAAGAAUAGAAAAAUGUGACAAGGUACUUGUAAAAUGUCAACUUUUAAAACAAUAGAUGUGUAUUAUAACUUUUCUAAUUAUAUAGCGGAAAUAUUUUCAUUGUAGCUUUUUAGGUGAAUUGUUUUUUUUUUAUAGAGGACAAGUCUUUUAAAUCUGCAAUAGAUUGAUUAUGUAUAUUUUAUUAUGAAGUACUGAUGUGUAAAUAUAUGUAUAUAUUUGAGACUGAAAUAAAUAUAUCAAUAAUAACUUUUUUUAGCACCUGCACCUAUGGCAAUAGGUGUCUUUUCCCAUUGAGCGAGAAACUUUAGACAAAUUGCUUACCUGUAGUACUGGUUGAAUAAGAUAGUUUGUCUAUUAGCUUAUAGCUAUUUAAACAAUCAAGCUAUAAUACUUUCUGUAUAAAUUAAUAAAGGCAAUAAUUUUAUAAAAAACAUGAAUACUGGGCCUUGGUUAUUGAGCAGAAACACACAUGUCUAUUAACGAAAUGUACAUUUACCCAAUUUUUAGAAGUGGGUGUUUUGAUACUAAAAAAAAAGAAAUUAAAACUUAAUUU